GAGAGAGGCGCAAACAGCAGUGAGGAAGACAAAGGCAGAGAUAAGCAAGGCUUCCCGAGCAGCCUUGCCUAGAGAACUUGACACUUGCCAGACCCCAGCCAGCAUGGUUGUCCUGAAUCCAGUGACUUUGGGAAUCUAUCUGCAGCUUUUCUUCCGCUUUAUCGUGUCUCAGCCUACUUUCAUCAACAGCGUCCUCCCAAUUUCAGCAGCUCUUCCCGGCCUGGAUCAGAAGAAGCGUGGCAGCCACAGAGCAUGCUGCCUCCUGACGCCCCCUCCACCCCCGCUGUUCCCACCACCAUUCUUCAGAGGAGGCCGAAGCCUGCUUCUCUCCCCAGACAUGAAGAAUUUCAUCCUGGAACUGGAGACCACACAGUCCUCAUGUGUGCAAGGAUCACUCGGCUCCCCUGGGCCCCCUGGCCCCCAGGGUCCACCGGGACUUCCUGGCAAGAUGGGACCAAAGGGAGAAAAGGGGGAGCUUGGCCUACCAGGAAGAAAGGGUAGACCUGGCCCCCCGGGUGUUCCUGGCAUGCCUGGGCCAGUCGGCCCUGAAGGACCCAGGGGUGAAAAAGGUGACCUGGGUGUGAUGGGCUUGCCAGGGUCAAGAGGACCAAUGGGCUUCAAGGGCUACCCUGGAUCCAGAGGGGAAAAGGGAUCCAGAGGUGAAAGGGGUGACGUGGGUCCCAAAGGAGAAAAGGGUUUCCCGGGAUUUCCUGGAAUGUUGGGGCAGAAAGGUGAAAUGGGUCCAAAGGGUGAGCCUGGGAUAGCAGGACACAGGGGACCCAGAGGAAGACCAGGAAAACGAGGCAAGCAGGGGCAGAAGGGAGAUAGUGGAGUAAUGGGCCCACCAGGCAAGCCUGGGCCUUCUGGUCAACCUGGCCGUCCAGGUCCCCCAGGCCCCCCGGGCCCCCCAUCCACAGGACAACUUGUGAUGGGACCCAAAGGGGACAGAGGAUUUCCCGGGCCUCCAGGAAGUUGUCUUUGUGGAACCCCUACGAAUGUGAAUAACCCCUCCUACAGGGAAUCCAUGUAUGGGUCCAGCUCCCCUCAUGUUCCUGUGAUUUUUGUGGUCAACAACCAGGAGGAGCUCGAGAGGCUGAACACCCAAAACGCCAUUGCCUUCCGCAAAGAUCAGAGAUCUCUGUACUUCAAGGACAGCCUUGGCUGGCUCCCCAUCCAGGUGACCCCUUUCCACCCUGUGGACUAUACUGUGGACCACCGUGGCUCCUGCGGGGAUGGAGUCCUGCAGCCCGGGGAGGAGUGUGAUGACGGAAAUGAUGACGUGGGUGACAGCUGCAUCAGCUGUCACCGGGCCUACUGUGGAGAUGGUCACCAGCACAAGGGAGUGGAGGACUGCGACGGCUCUGACUUUGGCCACCUGACCUGCGAGACCUAUCUCCCUGGGUCAUAUGGGGACCUGCAGUGCACCCCCUACUGCUACAUCGACUCCACGUCCUGCCGCUACUUCACGUGAAGGGCCUUUGCGGAGAAGGCAGGCUGCAUCCCACAGGAUCGGCAGCAGCUUUUCCACCCUCAUCAAAUUGACUUCACACCCCCCGGUCCGGUUUCCGUCACCUUUGUGGGACAAAAAUAAGGACGAGCUCUUGCUGCUAAGACAUGCUUUUAACUCGGCCCAACCGGAAGAACUUAGGACCACUGCACCCUGUCUUAAUCUGAGGUACCGGAGAACCUUCCACAUGCCCCCGCUGGGAACCGUUUUCCCAUUGCUACCAUCCAGCCAAAUCGCCGACCUACAGUGCCCUUUCUCUUCGGAAUGUUACCAACCCAGACCGUGGACUUGGCUCACAACUGUUACCUACGCCUAGACCUGCAGGGCUUUUUGAAUUUGUCGUCAUCCCAUCUGGGUCAUGUGGUGGACAGGCCUCCCACUCCUCUGACCUCCAGAAAUGUGGGCAUUCUCACCCGGGGCAGCCGGCCGUCAGGUCUCUCCAGGCCUGUGAACCACAAAGCAGGGAAAUGAACCCGCCUUCUUGGAGUGGCUCCCAGCUCUGCACCCGCUGAGGAACCCCUCAACUGGCCACAGCCCAGCACAGCCUCAUGUGGAUGCAGCUCCCCCAAGAAGGGACCCAACUGUGAAAAAGCCCUGAGAAAGCCACCAAACCGGUGCUCUGCCCCUGGGAAAGGGCGGAGGCCCAGCUGGGUGCUCAGCUUGUGAACAGCAGAACAGUGGCCUUCCUGCUUCUCAGUGUUUCCCAAGAGGGUAGCUUCUAUAGUUUCACCAUCCCCAGCACCACCUUGACCUCGUGGCUCUCAGUACUUGGACCUCUGUCUUGUGAAUGCCCCUUAUGUCCAUCUCUUGUUCAGGAGAUUCACCACCAGAGGGUGUGACUUCCUGAGCCUACACUUGGGCAGGCUUCUGGUGUUUCCGGUCCUUAGGAGAAUGCCACCCCGGGUCUCCCCAUGUGAGGCCCUACGACUGAAUACCUGUUCUAGGCAGAGACCAUUUCUGUCCUGAGCUCCAGCUCCUGGCUGCCUGCUGACUCCUGUGCACACCCUGUGACCUUCCCAUUGUGUCUCUGGAGUGAAGAGCCUUGCCCUUGUGUGCCUGAGCCCCUCGUGUUUCUGCAGGGUCGUUAGUCUGGCAUGACUGUGAGCUGCCUUGUAGCACCAUCUUUCCUGAGUGGGGCUGAGCUUUGUUUUGGAAAGAUGUCUCCCCAGUGGCAGACCUCAAAUGGGAUUUCCUUGUUUGUUACCAGAUGGAGGGAGGCUGUUGAGCUUUUGUACAGAGCACUUUAACGUGCCUGAGUCUGGGAGACUCAGCAGACAAGAGCUUCUGGCCCAGCGGGCCAUCCCUAGUGGUCUGUAGCAGAUGGGAUCAACCUGAAGGGGAGGUCUUCAUCAGAGAUGGGCUUCGGACAAGAGCUUCCGGCUCAGCGGGCUGUCACUAGCGGGUCUGUAGCAGAUGGGAUCAGCCCAAGGGUGAGGUCUUCGGAGAUGGGCACAUUGGCCAGCCGGGUUCCCCCAGGCUCUACUGCACACCUUGGGGGUGAUGUUACUCCCGUGAAAGCUGCACCUUCAUGCUGGGAUCUCCGGAUAUCAAGAAAUAUAAGCGGUUUGUUUCCCCACUGUGGCUUUUUCUUCCCUGGGGGUUUUGGACCAGAGUCCCAGCAUUACUGGUUGGAAUGAGGGGUCUGAAUUCACUGUUUCUGAGGCUCUGCAGAGGAUUCUAGAAUGUGGACCAGUCCCACUCAGAGACAAGGGAGGAAACGGAGGUUGAGAGAUAGGGAGGGACUUAGCCAAAGUCACAGAGCCUGGUCUUGCUAACCUAGCCUCACCCCAGCCUUAUUUUAGGACCCUGUUUAGAAUGAGAUGGCGUUCUGACACUGCCCUUGGACCUGGCACGAGGGGCCCUGUCCUGGGUCUCUUGCCUUAGAAGGUACCAAUCUGGCCCUCCUCUGGCCAUGACCCUCCCCACAGGGCAGGGAGUCUGUGAGGCCAAGGCGACAUGCCUACUGGACACCCCUCUCCCACACCGUGUUCCAGGUACCCAGGAGACCACAGUUCUCACCCAAGCGGUCCUGAGCCUGAGGCCUCUUCCCCAAGUCUGCCUGCCUGAGUAUGACCUGCAUACGCCUGUAAGCACGAGGGGUGACCAGGGACAAGCUGUGUUUAGGGGUUGCAGAUGGGGCUCGGAUAGGCGGGCUGGAGUUGCCACAGAGAGACACACGAGGCCCCUCUCAGUGCGGGCUGGGCCUUGCUCUCCUCGUGCUGCCACAGAACUUUGAGGAAUCUAAAUAGUCCAUAUUCAAACCCAGCCUUCUAGAUCUUUAUGAAGGUGUGACUGACAGGUAAGCAGAGAGAGCAUAUUUAAGAACACUCUGUUAGUUUGAUUAUAAUGUAAAUACGUAGACAUCUGGUGUGUGAGCCUCCACCUAUGCUCUUGUAACCAGAUCCCACAAUAUUAGAGGGGUCUGUCUCCAAGUAUUGCAAGGGGGUUCUGAAAGGCCCUGAAAAUAAAAGGGUUCAAAGCCA